ACCGACCACCGCCGCCGCCGGUGAAUCCAUCAGAAAGAUGAUGAGGGACGUGUCGAGCUGCAACACGUACGAUUACGGGGACGCGGAUUACUGGGACGCACGCUACGUCCAGGAAGGCGACUCCUUAUUCGACUGGUACCAGCGCUACUCUGCUCUCCGUCCUUAUAUCCGCCACUUCAUCCCCUCCACCUCCUCCUCUGUUCUCGUCGUCGGCUGCGGCAAUGCCGUUAUGUCCGAGGACAUGGCCAAAGAUGGAUAUGAAGACAUUAUGAACAUUGACAUCUCAUCUGUGGUUAUUGAUCUGAUGAAGACCAGAAACAAGCACAUCCCUCAGUUGAAAUACAAGCAGAUGGACGUGAGGGAUAUGAGCUUCUUCCCGGAUGAAUCCUUUGACGGUAUCAUUGAUAAAGGAACUCUUGAUUCAUUGAUGUGCGGCAAUGAUGCUCCGAUUAGUGCUACCCAAAUGCUAGGGGAAGUGAGUAGGCUUCUUAAACCCGGAGGGGCCUAUAUUUUGAUAACUUAUGGUGAUCCUCAAGUUAGAAUGCCUCAUUUGAGCCGGCCGGUGUACGACUGGAAUACCGUUCUAUAUAUCCAACCGAAACCUGGAUUCCAGAGGCCUGAAGGCUGCAGUUCCUCAAGAAAGUCAUAUUUGGAACCUGUUCCUGUCACUGAGAACGGAUCCCUUCCAGCUGAGUUUGCUCUGGAAGAUCCAGAUUCGCACUUCAUAUACGUGUGUAAAAAGAAAGAUGUCACAGAAUUACUUGCGUUAUACAGACUGAGACUUGAUGAUUUGUAAUACUUCGAGUGAACUGCUGAUAAUGGUGGCUUGUGCUAGGAAUGCUAGCUUCAACACGCAGCAUCAUGGCCGUUUAUGUGCUUACUACCGCUAAAUCAUUAUCAUCCUUGGGUUUUUUACGGUUCCUUUUUAGUGAGUCUGAAGUCAGAAAACAAAUGAAAGGAAUAUUCAGACCUAUACGAACAGUCUUUUUGUAGCACUGUUGGUGCAUUGGUGUACAACAACUGUACAAGUAGCUAGUCCGCUGGAUGAGCUCUUAUUUGAGUACAUUACUUGAAUCAAUCUUGUUUGUGAAACUGC